AUGAUGACGAUGCUUUCUCGGACUCUUCCGCAGGGUGGUGGGGAUGGGAUGAGAUCAGCUCGGGUGCGGGAGAGCUCGACGGAGUGUUGCAUCGCCGGACCGCAGCAGCUUGCGGUGGCUUGGAGAGGCCUUUAGCCAGCAGCGGAUAGGUCGUGAAUGAUGAUGCUGAUGAUCAGGUCGAGUGAGGAUUUUCCUUGGGAUUGGUAGAAACAGUGGCUGACCCUUGACCCCCCCCCCUCCGUGCCCGCCUCGUCCCGCGCAGGGACCUGCAGGACUCGCACAAGUUCCACGUCGCCCCGGACGCGCAGGUACCCCACCACGGGGAGGGGCGGGGGCUCUCCUACGGGGACCGUUGAGACACACCGUGGCACGGACGACGAGGAGGAGUUGCUAAAUAAGGGGGGUGCGCGGUGAGCAAAGGGGUAGGGGCCGGGACCGCAUCACUGACUCCCUCCCCCCGACGUCCGCCGUGGGUCCCCGCAGGCCCAGCUGGCGGCGUGUGGAGGCCGGGGCGCCUGGCCGGGGCUGCCCCUCCUCGCCGGUGCCCAGUACGCGGCGCUGCGCCGCCUGCGCGUCUACUGGGUCCCACGCUUCCUCGUGCACCGCGAGCGGAGACGACUCCUGGGGUUGAGGCCGGACACGCGACCUUGCGGCCCCGGUGACCUCUGGCCUCAAGUUCCCCACAUCCCCCUGCCUGACCCCGACCCCGCCCCACGAAUCCCCCAUGGGAGCUCUCCGGGCGCCAUGGACGGCCGCGUUGGCUCCGCUCGCUUCGUCUCCGCCUCCCCCUCUGCGCCUGCCCCCCACCUCGCGGAGCCUUUCCUGCUCGUGCUGCGCAUGGACCCCGAGGCGGGGGGUCCCUUCCUGUACUACCUGGCCGAGUGGGAGGACCGAUCCAUGCUGCACCGGCUGCUGCUGUGGCUGGAGGUUGCGCGGCUCGCCGAGGGGGCAGCCCCUGGGCCCUGGGAGCGGCCCAGGGCCAGUGCCCUGGCGGCCUGGGACAUCUACAGCACCUACUUGGCUGCCAAUGCGCCCUGCAGCACAGGCUGUGAGCCGUGGGACCAGGCAUUGGUGUCUGCACUGCGGGGGGCCUUGCAGGCCGGGCGGGGCGACGAGACCGUGGACCUGGGCAUGUUUGAGGGGGCCCUGAACGAGGCCAUGCGCAGCCUGAGCCAGGCCUGGGUCGAGUUCUACCGUCUGGACAUCCACACAUUCCUCCAGUUUUGCGCGGACCUGGGAGACUCAUACGAGGUUCUCUCCGACUCGGAACCCGGCCGCUCCAACAGGAGCAGCGCCAGGAGGAGUGGAGAGGGGACCUCGGGCCCCAGCCGGGUCCGCGGGCGACGUGGGCGAACCCGGCCUCGCCCGCGACCUCCGCGCGAGGCCGGCGCCGCGGAGGAGAGCGGCGGCCGCUUUGAUCUGAAGGCGCUGGUGGAGGCCGACGCCGUGCCGCACCUGCGGGCCCUGCUGCACAACAAGAUGAUGCGUGCGGCCUUCGGGAGGUUCUUGAAGGAGACGGAGCCGGCCACGCUGCGGCACUGCCUGGGAAUGCUGUCGGCGCUCUGGGACUACCUGGCGGCCCGGGGAGCGCGCGCGAGGCGCUGCGCUCUGGCCGCCCUGACCGAGACGUACCUCUCGCCGGCCUCGCGCGCCGUCGUGCCUCUGUCUGACGAGCUGCUGGGCGCGCUGCAGGCCGAGUGCGACAUAUCUGGCGCCGCCGGUCUCACGGACGCCACGGCUUCCCGGGCCGCCGAGGCCCUCGGCGGGAUCCUGUGGCCAUCGCUCAGCUCCUUCUGGGCCGGAAUGAGCUCGGAGCUCAAGCGCCGUGGCGGCGGCGGCGGUGGUGGCAGCGUGGGUUUGGAGGACUCUGAGGCCUGGGAUGGCCUCAUCCGCGGGGCGGCCUCCAUGCUGCUGGCCAGGAGGUGGAGGGCGCGGGCAGGGCCCCUGGGAGGCCGGGCGGCACGGGCCGACCCGAGCGCGGCCGACAAAGCGGCGUUCCGCACGGCGCUGGCGCAAGCCGCAGAGGGUGGCCUCACGCCGGAGCUGCUCGGCUUCCUGCAGCGCCUGCAAGAGCUUGGUGCCGAGGCCGGGCGGCCCCGCGCCGAACGAGAUCUCCUCUUCUACCUCGAGGUGCAGAAGUUCAAGAACGCACACCAUGCCGACCCCGACCACGUCCUUCUGCGCAAGAAGAUUCGCAUCAUCCUCGACUGCUUCAUCAAAUCUCGUCUCGAGCCCACGCUUCAGGUGGACAUCUCUCCGGAGCAGGCGGAGGCCGUGAGGGUGGCUGCCCAGGCGUGCCUGGCCCGGCCCGAGCAGCUGGCCCCGCGCGUGUUCGACGAGGCCCAGAAUGCAGUCUUCCACGAGCUCCUGCCCUUCUGGGCGGGGUUUGCCCGCGAGGGCCGCAUCCCGCACAGCGCCAGCGGCCUGCCUGAGCCACGGUUGCAGACGGUGCUCAGGCAGAGGCUGGCGAUGUUCCGGGAUGCCGCGACGCCGCCCACCGAGUUCCACCUGCCCAGGGCCUCGCGCUCGGCCCGACGGAACAGCCACGUGCCCUGCACCUACAGCUUCUCCAUGAGUCAGGGCCUCACGCUCAAGGCAAGAGGCCCGGGAAGCCCCUCACGUGCGGCCAAAAGGGGAAAUGCGCCCCGGGCGUUGCUCGGAUGACCAGUGCUCUGCAAUGGGCCAGGGUUUUGUUGUUAAUAAUUUACUUAUUUAUCCAGGAGAGCCACGCUGAGGCGUUAUCAUCUUUUUCAGGAGGGUCCAGCAAUGGGUUUUAAAUUUAGCAAAUUAAUAAUGAGUCGUGUUUAUUAUUCACAUCAGAGGAAACCGGAGCACCCGGAGAAAACCCACACCUUGCGUAAGGGGG